GUCCUGUCCUGGAGCCGGGGAGGUUUUGAAGCGUGUAUGCCGAGGAUUCUAUUCAUCCCAUCAUCCCUCCGUGCGUGCAUGGAUUUGUCUGUACGUGUCUAGUCUCUGCUCCCUGGAUGCUCGUUAAGGCUUAAUUGAGCCUCCUUAAAGAUGGUGGUGAUGUUGCUGUCAGUUGCUUUUGUUACCGAACUCGGUUGGCAAGGCAUUGAGAUAUGAGUUAGAAAAAUAGAAGUGGAACUCUUCUGCUGUUUAGGGACGGGCAAAUCAAAGCCUGCAAAAUGAAUGAAAGCAUAACAUCGGCUGACAAUAAUAACACAGAUGAGGAGGGAAAAGACUUUGCUGACAGCUUUAACCAGCUUGAGCUACUGGAAACCCACCCGCAUCUAAUCCCUAGAGGAACACAGAGUCUUUGGUCUGGAGACUCUGAUGAGGAAGAUCAGGAAGAAAAAACAGAGGAAUGGUACCAGGCUCAAGAGAAAAAGUUGGCAAAUAGCCCAGAUAAGCUUCUGCUUUGGGCAGCUGAAAAAAAUAGGCUUAGCACGGUGCAAAAGCUCUUGUCUCAAAACCUGGUGUCAAUAAAUGUCCAGGAUGAAGAUCAAUAUACUCCUCUUCACCGCGCUGCCUAUAACGGACACAUGGAAGUGGUGCGUGAGCUGAUUGCUCAUGGGGCAGACGUCCACGCAUUGACCGUGGAUAGCUGGACACCUCUGCACAGUGCGUGCAAAUGGAACAACACCAAAAUUGCCUCGUUCUUGCUCCAACAUGGGGCAAAAGUCAACGCUCAGACCAACGGGUUGCUUACACCUCUGCACUUGGCAGCCGGAAACAGAGAGAGCAAGGAAACCCUCGAACUGUUACUCAUGAAUCGAUACUUAAAGCCCAAUCUCAGAAACAACUUGGAAGAGACGGCUUAUGACAUUGCUCGAAGGACUGACAAAUACCAUUAUUUGUUUGAAAUUGUUGAACACUGCACAAAUUCUGUCGCAGACUCUUAGGAAUUGUAUACCUAACACACAUGGCCAGAGCUUUUUAAAGAAAUCUAUUUUGUCAUUGCAUUCUCAGCUCUUUAGGUCAUAACUUAGCAGGUGGCUCAAAUGAGGCUCUGUUGAGUAACACUGACAUUAUUUUUA